AUGUGCAAUAGGAACCCACCAUGGUGGAACCGGAGGACAAGGAUGGAGAGAUCCCUCUGUGCCAUCGCAGUCAUAGCUCUAGUCAUGUGUAUUGCCAUGACUUUUGCAUUGGCUUUCAUCGGAUAUCACUAUCAAAACCAAUUGGAGUCGAGGGGUUCAGCAAAUCUUCGGCCAACGGCUGAACAACUAGUCAAAGACAGUGAAUCCCAACCCAACGCUAUACAAACCACUCAUAAUAACGACGUGUGUCUAACACCUGGUUGUGUCAAAGCAGCGGCUGAUUUAAUAAAAAAUAUAAAUGAAAAGGUCUCCCCGUGUGAUGACUUCUAUAAAUUCGCAUGCGGGGGUUGGGUCGACAAUCAAGUGAUUCCUGACGACAAGACAUCCGUUUCGGUAUUUUCCUUACUUCAGGACGAACUCAAUAACAAACUUAGAGUUUUGGUUGAAAUGCCGGCCGAAGAAAAAGAGCCAAAAUUUUUUGAGAAAAUGAGGAAUAUGUAUAAGUCGUGUAUGAAUUUAGCUGACAUUGAGAAGGUGGGCAAUACGCCAAUUCUCACUGUUUUGGAGGGUUUGGGCGAUUGGCCCGUCUUAGUCGGUGGCAAUUGGGAUGAAAGCAAAUUUGACUGGCUACAAAUGCUCAUUGAGUUCAGGAAAUUGGGAUUCAGUCACGAUAUUCUUAUGGAUCUAUCCGUUACACCAGAUUUCAGGAACAAUACACAACAUAUUAUCGAUUUAGAUCAGGCGUCGCUGGGAAUGCCUGACAGAAGCUAUUUGUUGCGGGGUUUGAAUGACUCGGCAGUCGCCGGGUAUUACAAGUUAAUGGUCGAGAGCGCCGUUAUGUUAGGCGCUAACAGAUCAGCCGCUGAACACGAAAUGCUCGAAACACUACAGUUUGAGACCAUUUUGGCAAACUACUCACUGCCGCGUGAGGAGCGACGGAAUAUAAGCUUAUUGUAUAACAAAAUGAAUGUAACACAAGUGGCUCUAUUAGCCCCUAAGACCCAUUGGAACAAAUACUUCAACAACUUAUUGAGUGAUUCGGUCACCGAUAAGGAAGAGAUUAUUGUAAACGUACCUAAUUUUAUACGAAAUGUCGACACACUUAUCGCACAAACAAACAAACGGACUUUGGCCAACUAUAUGCUAUGGCGAGUGGUUUUGCAGUCUUUCGCGACAUUAGGCAAGAAAUGGCGUGAAUUGGCUCAGGAGUACAAUACGGUGAUCACGGGUCAGGCCCGGGAAGAGCCGCGUUGGGAGCAAUGCAUGUCUUCACUGACCGGCAGCUUAGGUAUCGCUCUCUCGUCCCUAUAUGUGAGACAUAACUUCAAAGGCGACUCCAAACAUGUGGCUUUAGAUAUGGUUGAGUACAUCCAUCGCGAGUUCCUUAAGAUAUUAGAUAGAGUGGAGUGGAUGGACGACCAGACCCGACAAAAAGCCAAAGAUAAAGCUCAUGCAAUCACGCCAUAUAUUGGAUACCCUGAUGAAUUGUUAGAUAAUGAAAAAAUUACCGAAUUGUAUAAACAUUUGGAAUUGUCUCCAAACGAUUACUUUAAAAAUGUACAAAACCUAAGGCGUUGGUCUACAGACUAUGCUUUCAAUCAGCUAAGAAAACCUAACCUAAAGGGAGAUUGGAGAAAACAUGCAAGAGCUGCAGUUGUGAACGCAUAUUAUAAUGCAUUGGAGAAUAGCAUAGAAUUUCCGGCUGGUAUAUUACAAGGCUCAUUCUUCAGUAGAGAUAAGCCCAAUUACCUAAAUUUUGGUGGUAUUGGGUUUGUGAUCGGACACGAGAUUACUCAUGGAUUUGAUGACAGAGGCCGUCAGUUUGACAAAGACGGGAAUAACAAGAAUUGGUGGGACUCUAAGACUGACAGUAACUUCAAAGAGAGGGCCAAUUGUAUUAUUGAACAGUACGGCAACUAUACUGUACCCGAAAACUCGUUGCAGAUAAACGGAGUGAACACUCAGGGAGAAAAUAUCGCCGACAACGGAGGCAUUAAAGAGGCUUUUAGAAAACCUUUAAAUUUGAAAAAAGCAUACCAGGAGUGGGUGAAGGAUAACGGCGCCGAGAAACCACUGCCGGGUCUCAAUUAUACACCGCAACAACUGUUUUGGAUCAGCGCCGCCAACGUCUGGUGCGGUAAAUACAGACCCGAGGUAUUGAAGCUGAGGGUUCAGGUGGGCUCACAUAGCCCAGCACAAUUCCGUGUGGUCGGACCGGUCUCUAAUCUGCCAGAGUUUGCACAGACGUUCAACUGCAAAGUGAAUUCACCAAUGAACCCAAAGCACAAAUGCUCGGUGUGGUAAUUACUAAUCAUUGGUUUAACAUGAUACCUACAGUGACACAAAACUAUUAGUUAUCAAGUAAUUGUUACAUAA